CAUUAUAUAUGAAAGUACAAGUUAAUCAUUCUCAAUUGGAUAUUAAUUUAAUAUAAAGGAUAAAAAAAUGGCUUCAGAACUUCCCUCUCAAUUAAAACAGUUAUUUAGAUAUAUUGAUGAUCAUAAAGUAGAAUAUAUAAAUAAUUUACGAGAAGCAGUAGCUAUAAAAUCUGUAUCAUCAUGGCCAGAUCAUAGAAAUGAAAUAAUCAAGAUGAUGAAAUGGACAGAAAUUAAAUUAAAAGAUCUUGGAGUCACUACUGAAUUGGUAGAUAUAGGGAAACAAAAUCUACCAGAUGGAAGUCAAAUUCCUCUUCCACCUGUUUUACUAGGCACUCUUGGAUCUGAUCCUAAAAAAAAGACUGUUCUUUUAUAUGGACAUUUAGAUGUUCAACCAGCAUUAAAAGAAGAUGGUUGGGACACUGAACCAUUUAAUCUUGUUGAAAAAAAUGACAAAUUAUUUGGACGUGGAAGUACAGAUGAUAAAGGUCCUGUACUUUGUUGGAUUCAUGCAAUGCAAGCUUAUAAAGCUGUUGGAAUUGAUAUUCCUGUUAAUAUCAAGUUUGUUUUUGAGGGUAUGGAAGAAAGUGGUAGUGAAGGAUUAGAUGAACUCCUUUGGGCACGGAAAGAUACAUUUUUACAAGGUGUUGAUUAUGUAUGCAUAUCUGAUAAUUAUUGGUUGGGUACCACAAAACCUUGUAUUACAUAUGGUUUAAGAGGUAUCUGUUAUUUCCAUGUAGAAGUAAUUUGUGCCAGUAAAGAUUUACAUAGUGGUACAUUUGGUGGAACUGUAUAUGAAGCAAUGUCAGAUUUAAUAUAUUUGUUGAACACAUUGGUUGAUGCAAAUGGAAAAAUAUUAGUAGAUGGUAUUUAUGAUGAUGUUGCUCCAAUUGUAGAAAAAGAAAGAGAAUCCUACAAAACAAUAGAAUUUGAUGUUGAUGAAUUUCGAACUUCUGUUGGUGCUAAUAAAUUAGCACAUAAUGAAGAUAAAAUUCAACUUCUAAUGCAUCGUUGGAGACAACCCAGUUUAUCUCUUCAUGGUAUAGAAGGUGCAUUUAGUGAACCAGGUGCAAAGACUGUUAUUCCUGGAAAAGUUAUUGGUAAAUUUUCAAUUAGAAUAGUACCAAAUAUGACUCCAGAAGAAACUGUUAAAAAAGUAACAGAAUAUUUAAAUAAAAUAUGGGCUAAUAGAGGUAGUCCAAAUAAAUUCAAUGUUAUUAUGGGUCAUGGAGGAAGAACUUGGACUGAAAAUCCUGAUCACCCAAACUAUGUAGCUGGUCGAAAAGCUACAAAACAUGUUUAUAAUGUAGAACCUGAUUUAUCACGCGAAGGAGGCUCAAUUCCAGUUACUUUGACAUUCCAAGAAGUAACAGGCAAAAACGUAUUACUCUUACCAGUUGGUGCUGGUGAUGAUGGGGCACAUUCCCAAAAUGAGAAAUUAGAUGUUCGUAAUUACAUUGGAGGUACUAAAUUGCUUGGAGCUUAUUUGUAUGAAGUAGCUCAACUUUAAUAUAAAUACAUAUUGAAAGUAUAUAAUCAAGGUGUAUGGAUUUAUA